AUGGUGAGUCUCCAUGGAUCGGCGGUCGUCCGGGCAGGCAGGUACGUCCUGGCCUUGGUCAUGCCGGCUUGCUUCGUGAUAUGGAUGGUCUUCUUCUUCUUCCCGUUUCCGUCGCCUGAGGUCGACGUCGUUCGGGAGAGUUUCCAGGCCAACAUUAAUUCGUCCGCGGGGCAACAACGGACCGUUGACGCGCCGCCGCCGCCGGCACGCCAAGAAAGGGCAGAGACACCGUCGCCACCUCCUCCGGCACGUCAAGAAAGAAUAAGUCAGGCGAGGAAGCCGGCGAGGAAGACCGAGGUCGACAGGUGCGCCGGACGGUACAUCUACAUCCACGAUCUGCCUCCCCGGUUCAACUCUCACCUGAUCCGUGACUGCCGGACCCUGUCCGAGUGGACCGACAUGUGCAAGCACAUGGCCAACGCCGGCAUGGGCCCGCAGCUGACGCGCACCGGAGGCGUGCUCCCGGCAGCCGGCUGGUACGACACCAACCAGUUCGCCCUGGAGGUGAUCUUCCACAACCGGAUGAGGAACCAGUACGACUGCCUGACCACGGACGCCUCCCGCGCCGCGGCCUUCUACGUGCCCUACUACGCCGGGCUCGACGUCGGCCGGCACCUGUGGGGCGUCCAGUUCAACAACACCGUCCGCGACGCGCUCGCGGACGACCUCGUCCGCUGGCUCCGGGCGUCCCCAGCCUGGGCGGCGCACGGCGGGAAGGACCAUUUCCUCGUGGCCGGCCGCAUCACGUGGGACUUCCGGCGCGAGGACCAGGACGGGCCGGGCGAGUGGGGCAGCCGGCUGCUCGUCCUCCCGGAGGCCAGGAACAUGACGAUGCUUGUGAUCGAGUCCAGCCCGUGGCACGGCAACGACGUCGGCGUGCCUUACCCGACCUACUUCCACCCGUCCCGUGCCGCGGAGGUGGCCUCGUGGCAGAAAGCCGUGCGGCGCGCGCGCCGGCCGUGGCUCUUGGCGUUCGCGGGCGGGGCGCGCGCCAGCAGCGGCAACAUCACCAACGUCCGCGACGUGAUCAUGGACCAGUGCGCGCGGUCGCGGCGGUGCGGGCUCCUGCGGUGCGACGGGGCCGGCCGGCGCAACGAUUGCUACGCUCCGGGCAACGUCAUGCGGCUGUUCAAGAAGGCCGCCUUUUGCCUGCAGCCGCAGGGGGACUCGUACACGCGCCGGUCGGCGUUCGACGCCAUGCUGGCCGGCUGCGUUCCCGUCUUCUUCCACCCGGGCUCCGCCUACGUGCAGUACCGGUGGCACCUGCCGGCAGACCAGCGUGCGUACUCGGUGUUCAUUCCGGAGGACGGGCUGCGCAACGGGACGAUCAGGAUCGAGGACGUGCUACGGCGGUUCCGCGCCAAGGAGGUGGCCGCCAUGAGGGAGCAGGUGGUCAGGACGAUACCCAGCAUCGUGUACAGGGACCCGAGGGCCACAGCGGUGACGGGAGGGUUCAGGGACGCCGUGGACGUUGCAAUCGACGGCGUCAUCGAGAGGGUGAGGAGGAUCAAACGAGGGCUGCCUCCCUCGGAUGAGGAGCAUGAGUGGGAUGCCUACUUUUGA